AUAAUAGAUUUCUUUCGCCAGUAGUUGGUGCUUUUUCUUGCGUUAUUGGUGUCAUUCAUUUCAGUGCGGCUUCUUUCGCCGGUAGUUGUGGUUGGCACUUUUCUUGCGUCGUUUGCGUUGUUGGAGUCGAUAAUUUUGGUGUUUAUUUCUCCAGUAGUUCUUCAGGGGCUUCAGAUUUUGUUUCAGGAUUUUCAGAGGACUUUUCUUUUGGAGUUUUUUUCAUUGUUAGAGCCAACCUUUCCAGUGCUUUUUCUUCACGUUAG